UGUGAUAGCAGUCCCCAAUAUGCUUGGGAAUACUAAUUCUCUGGCACAUUAAUUGUGAGGGCUCACCCACUCCUACAGGUUAUGUUUAGCCUCGGAUAGUCAAGUCUAUCUGACAGUUAUCACGGAGAAAUAAUAUUUGACAACUACUGGGGCCUCUCAACACCCACACACUGGGAAAAUGAUAAGUUAUCGGAGAGUCGAGGAGAGAAAAAAUACUCUCGGGAUGUUAAUUCAAUAUCAGUCGUGUAUUAAUGCUCGUCAUAGUUCAGUGGGACAGUUCGGACAGUUGGAGGUUCAGUCGAUGAAUUAUUGAUUUUAGUUUUGUGUGGGGGACAACAGGGGAUUACUCGCUAUGAUGAUGAUGCAGAUGGAGUUCGAGUGGGUGCUGCAUGAUGAGGUGCACUCCUCACUGGCACAGUUGCGAGGGAUUCUGAUGGAAUGUGCCCAAAGAUUUCCCCUAGCACUCUUCGGCAACGACCAACAAUGCAAAACUGACAGAUUCGUUUUUGCGGCACCACACGACCAAGUCAAAUGUGUUGCAGUCCUCACUGGGGAUAGUAUUACCAAUGCAGAAGUUACCUUCAAAGUCCAGAGACAGCAGAACGUGUCUAUGCGAACGAGUAUACAAAACGAUCAUCCAUGGAAACUGCAACAGAUUCAGGACGCAGCUAAUCACCUUCAACAGGCAAUAGCACACAUUGACAAUGUGGAUAAACAGUAUUCAUUCAAAACUUCCGACGAGGUGAUGCACAUCCUUGGAAAUAUACUUGGGUGCCUCCAGAGAAGCAGAACUAGUCUUAUUGUGCCUAAGAAAAAGGCGAUUGAUGAUUUAAUCAAGAGCCGAAACAUGAAAUCGCUAAAUCCAAAUUUACCGGAAAACUUGGCAAUAAGUUUUUAUAUACAGAGUUACAAGCUCGUUCUAGCUGUUUAUCAGUUGGAGAGUACCCAUGGAAGUCUGAAGUACGAGUCUCAGCAGGCUGAGUGCAGUGUUCCCUGGUUAAAUGAUGCGCUGGUGCUGCUUACGAUAUCCCUCCAGCUAUGUCAAAGGUUAAAAGACAAGAUCUGCGUAUUUUCCCAGUACAAAGACUUCACCGUGGGAUCACGUGUACCAUCAGCAAUGGGCUGAUAAACCUCCACCAGUAAUAAAGGACGUAAUGAAACUCUUAACCAUCAGUUCACGUAAUUUCGUUUGAAAUAGAAAUUGCGUUUCCAGUCAAUCUCCUAGAGAGCAUAAACCAGCCAUUAAGUUAGUGCCACCUAAUUCAGGACGUAAAAAAUCACUUGAAAUAACUAUUUCCAUUCUUUAUACUUUAGUCGAUUUUUAGAGUCAAAAAUCAUGAAAAACCAUUUUUUACUCUAAAAAAUCGAAAAAAUAAAAGAGAAAAGGAAUAACAAUUCUCUAAAAUACCUUCCAAUACGUGAAAUAAUUAUUUUCAUGAUAAAGUAUAUUUAUUUGUAUUUAUAAAGUUGAUAAAUAGUGAAAAAACGAAUUUUCACUCUAAAAAAAAAUUCGUAAAAAUGAGGAAAAUUGAUUGCAAUUAAUUAUCCAUUUGAAAAUUGUUUAAGAACGCUCGUCAAGAUAUUUUUAAGCAAUUGAAGUGAUUUACCCACCAAAUAUAAAUUUUAUAGUUUUUUCGAUUUAUAAGUAAAUUUUCGUUCGUAAAAAAAAUUAGAAAAAUUGAUAAAAUUUCAUUUUCCGGUGAAAAAAAAAGAGUAAAAAAGAGUGGAAAUAUAUUUCGUGGUAUUUUAUUCAAAGUUGCUCGCUAAUUAAUGAGAAUAAUUGUAUUUUUAAUCACUGAAACGGGGAAGAGUCUUUAAAAAACAUCUGACAAUAAUUGUAUUCGAGUUAAUGGAAGUUUUAAUGGAGUCGACAAACAAUUAUGCACUUGAUUGGCAUUGAGGUGUUUUAGCACGUUAAUUAGACGCCAUGGAUGGGUUAUGCAAUGACUUCUCCCGCCUGAAUUAAUUAAUCAUUGAAAUUUGUCGGGAAAAAGUGACUAAUUAUAACCAAUUCGCCCCGUUGUUGUCCUAGAAUAAUUUAUCAUUAAUUGAACGGUGAUUAAUAUAUUGUUUUGAAAUAAAUAAAUGAGUUUGAGGAGUGAUUGUUGUAUAAUGGUUCCCAUGUAAUCGUUGCUUAAGCAUUUUUAUGCUUAAGGUUGUGUCAAUUUUAGGACAUUUGUGCUAAUAAAUUAAUUGUUUGUUCGAAUCAA